UUCGUCCCCGCCGCCCGCUCGCCGCUCGCCAACAUCUUUGUGCCUCCAUUUCAUGGGAGUUGAGCAGUGAAUACCUUCUCUGGCUCUCGCUCUUGUUGUCUCUCUCUUUUGCAUUCCGUGAGAGUUCGAGCGAUCUCUCUCUAAGCAAUGCCGGAAGCAUUAUUCAUAGCUUCUGCGACUCCACUGACGCUUCAACUGUCCUUCAAUGGCGAAAGAAAAUGUAGUACAGAGUUUUUCAUCGCUUCUGCGAGGACACUUUAUUAUCCACUAUAUUCUACGCUUCGUCUCUCACAUCGCAAUACCUCUCCUUUCUGCUUUCGCUCCCACUCCUCUCCCACUCCAACUAAACCAUCAUCUAAUAAAAUUUCUGCCGUCAGUGAAGGGAAGAAGACCGAAGUGACUGAAUUAAUCUGCGCUGGCUGCGGUGUCUGUAUGCAGAACUGGAACCCCAAUCUACCCGGCUUCUACAAGACGCCAUCCGGUUCAGUCAGUGACGUUUCCAACGACUUUCCCUUGGAUUCCCAUGAGUGGUUGGACGAAUUAGAAGAAGAAUUUGAUUAUUCUUCUUCAAAUUUUGAUCUUGGAUCUGAAAAAGACAAGCUUUCUGAAGAAGAGGAUAGUGGGAUCGAUUGGAGUUUGGAUUGGGACAUUGAGGAAGACGAAGACAGCAAGCCGAAGAAGGAAUUAGAUGGAUUCGCCCUUCCUGGUGUUGGGUAUGGCAAUAUUACAUCAGAGACGCUGAACAUGAUGAAGAAGGGAAAGAUUUCAAAGACCGAGAAGAAAAAUAAAAUGAGAGAGGCCAGGAGAGAUGAAUCAGAUUGCUCUGUCACAGUCUGUGCCCGCUGUCACUCUUUGAGAAAUUAUGGCCAGGUCAAGAACCUUAAAGCUGAGAAUUUAAUCCGAGAUUUUGAUUUCGCUCGCUUUUUAUCUAAAAAAAUUAUUAAAUCAUCAAGCAAUGCUCCAGUGGUAGUUAUUGUUGUUGAUUGCGUUGAUUUUGAUGGUUCAUUCCCGAAACGAGCUGCGAAGUCAUUGUUCAAAGCUUUGGAGGUAUCCAUGAAUAGUUCAAAGAUGACCAAGCUGCCAAAACUUGUACUUGUUGCAAAUAAAGUGGAUCUUCUACCCCAGCAAAUAUCACCAGCAAGGUUAGAUCGGUGGGUUCGGCACCGUGCAAAGGUGGGUGGAGUCCCCAAGCUUACUGGUGUUUACCUAGUGAGUGCCCGAAAGGAUUUUGGUGUGAGGAAUUUGCUGUCAUUCAUCAAGGAGUUUGCAGGUCCUCGUGGUAAUGUAUGGGUGAUUGGGCCUCAAAAUGCAGGGAAGUCUACUUUGAUCAAUACAAUUGCUAAAAAAGAAGAGGUAAAAAUGACAAGAUUAACAGAGGCUUCGGUGCCCGGUACUACACUGGGAAUAGUAAGGAUUGCUGGAAUUUUACCAGCCAAGGCAAAGAUGUACGAUACUCCUGGUCUUUUACAUCCUUAUCUUAUGACAAUGAGGCUAAACAGAGAGGAGCAAAAGAUGGUUGAAAUAAGGAAGGAACUGCGGCCACGGACUUACAGGAUCAAGGUAGGACAAACUGUGCAUGUAGGUGGUCUGAUGAGAUUAGAUCUAAUUAAGUGUUUACAAGAAACAAUCUAUGUAACGGUAUGGGCGUCCCCAUUUAUUUCUCUACAUCUGGGGAACAUAGACAGUGCAGGAGAGCUACGACGCAAGCAUUUUGGCAUCAGACUGCAGCCACCGAUUGGACCGGAUCGAGCAACUGAGUUGGGUGAGUGGGAGGCAAGAGAGUUCCAUGUCUCUGGAAGCACCUGGGAUAUAAACAGUGUGGACCUAUCCGUUUCAGGACUUGGAUGGUUCUCUCUGGGACUGAAAUGUGAAGCCACUGUAGUGCUGUGGACCUUCAAAGGCAUUGAGGUGAUGGAACGAGAGCCUUUGGUUUUGGAUAGAGCUCCCUUUCUUGAGAAACCUGGGUUCUUAUUGCCCAAGGCUGUGUCAGUUGCCAUUGGAAACCAGGUCAAGAUGGAAGCAGAAACUAGGAAGAAAAAAGUAGAAGAGGAUAUUUAUUCGAAAGCAAGCUUAUGAGAAGAGUAUUGAGCUUCUGCAGGAACAGUGUUUUGGUCAUGAAUGGGGAAGGUAUUUGCCAAUCGUUGGGCUUGGUACUGGCACAGAGUACUUUUGGCCGAUUAUACCAUUAUUUAAUUUGUACAUCUAAAGCCUAUGAGGUACUCCCUAAUCUUCUAGUAGAGACAUAAAAAGAAGAUGAGAUGAUGUGCUUACUCAUCGUAUUCGUACAAUAAAUCUAUCUGCUCAGAAUGUCAGCAUGUAGACGAGUUCAAAUGACUGCAGAUUUUUUCUGAUUAUUCAUAUGAAGCUAAAAUUACUUGGUUUAGAAAUGCUUCUUUCAUUGUUUAUAUUUUCUCGGAGAUUUGAUCCCAGUUUUUUUUGUUCAUAUUCUUCCACCUUAGCUAGAUGGUGGCUGGUGGCCUUAGUUGUGCGCUCAAACUGGAUGGGAGGAGUAAUAAUCAUAAUUUUAAUGCGCAGGAGCAGUG